AUGGAAUCAGAGCCAAUUAUAGUGGCAGCUUUAGGAAGACCUCUAUAUCCUGGAAUGCUUUACGACUGCCGUAAGCAUUCAUAUAUUCCAGGUGUUACACUGUGGGAUAAAAAGUCAGUAAAGGAUAAUAUGGACAUUCGCUCAAAGCUCGAUACAGAGAUCAAGUUUAGUAGCUCUGACUCUUUCUUUAGUAAGUGCAGUCUUCUGGACGUCAAUGCCUCUUUGAAGGCCAGCUUCUUCGGUGGGCUGGUAGAGGUUGGGGGAUCUGCCAAGUAUCUGCGUGACACCAAAUCCUCAAACCAACAGUCCAGAGUAACAAUGCAUUACAGUGAAACCACAACAUAUGAGCAGCUCACUAUGACCCAGCUGAGUCAAUUCACCUACCCUAAGGUAUUUGAACAGAAAACUGCAACUCACGUGGUCACAGCUGUGCUGUAUGGAGCUCAGGCUUUCAUGGUGUUUGAUCGGACAUUUUCAGAUGAUGACAACAAGCAAAAGAUUGAGGGAGAACUAAAUGUCAUGGUCAAGAAGAUCCCUUCAUUUUCCAUUGAGGGACAAGGAAAAGUUAAAAUGACAGAUGAAGAGAAGAAUAUUGCUGAGAGUAUCAGCUGCACGUUUCAUGGUGACUUUCAUCUUGAGCAGAACCCCACCACAUACAUGGAGGCCCUGCAGGUGUACAAGCAGCUCCCCACCUUGCUGAAGAAGAAUAACGAGAGUGGGGUUCCAAUAAAAGUCUGGCUCUAUCCUCUAUCUCUGUUAGACACAACAGCAGCUCGGCUGGUGAGAGAAAUCAGCACAAGUCUGGUUUCUAACACGGAAGAUAUAAUGGAGGAGUUGGGAGAAGCGGAGAGGAGUUGCAAUGACUUGUUCAGUAAUACACUGAUAAAUGUUUUCAGUGACAUUGAUGAAAGGGUUCACACAUUUCAAACCUCAUUGAGCAUUUACAAACAAGUGUUACAGAAAGCACUGUGCAAAGUCCUACCUGAUAUCCAAGGAGGAGGAAAGGACGAGCGGUCACUGGAAGAUAUCUUGAAGAUUCACAAUGAAUCGCCUUUUAAUGCAAGCAGUCUUAACCAGUGGUUAGACAACACAAAAUCUGAACUUGACCUCUUGAGUUACUGCACCAAAUCUCUGUUGGGGAUCAAAACUGAAGACGCAGAUGGACUGAAAACUAUCCUCCUUAAUCCUGAUAUUGAUGUAGUGGUGUGUUUGAACUUUACAUCUCUGAAAGAUGAUGACCCAUAUCUUACAAACCUGAAUGACUUCCUGAAAUCUAAGCAGUUUGAGAAGCAUGAAGGACAAAUUACCUUGCGGUCUGUGGCAUCCAUCACAAAGUGGUUUGAAGAUCCAAAUGCCAUCGCAAAGAUGAGAGAGAACUUAUCUCACUUCAGAAGCUUCUCAGAGGCCAAUAAAGAUGAUAAGAGAAUGUGCUUCAUUAUUUCUGCCAUCUCUGAUUUCUCAAGUCCAGGCUCCUCCAUCUAUCUGUAUGAAAAAGGCAAAUUGACGGACAAACAGUUUCAGCCUUUAGUGACAAAACUGCCCGCACCUAAAGUAAUCAUCCAGGGAAACACAGUUUCCAUUAAAAUGUCAAUGUUUCCAGCUGGAUCAUUAAAACAAUACAGAGUGGAGUACAAGGAGGAAAAACGACAGAAGAAAGAAUGGGUUGUCAAAAACACAAACAAUGAAAACAUUAUUCUGACAGGAUUGGAGUAUGGAAAAGAGUACCUGGUCCGCUAUAGAAUAGUGAGUAAAGUGGGAGUGAGUGAAGCCAGUGAUACUGCCUGUCUUUCUUUAGCUCCACCUGUGAUUGUGGGUGGGUCAGGAGGUGAUACAUUCUCCUUUAUCAAAAAUUCUGAAAAUACUGUUAAGAAGAUAGUUUUUUAUGCCACGGAUAAGGCCUUCUGCAAAAUAAAGAUGACAUUUAAUAAUGAUGAGACGCAUACCACUGGUAAAAGGACAGGAAAUCAAAGAAAAGAAAUUGUGUUUGACACAGAUGAUAAAAUCCUCGCUGCCACUUUGUGGCCAAAUAAUAAGAAUAACCCUAAUGACCAGAGAGUUGCUGGUUUGGAAUUUUUAGUUGAAAAAAGUGAUGGUCGAACUGAAACAUACUCUGCUAUAUGUAAGAAGCUGGGAAGGCCUGUGAAUCUUUAUGUAAAGUCAGGAAGAUUUUACGGCAUUACAGGGAGAAGUGGAGCGCAAAUUGAUGCUUUGGGUCUCUACUUUAUUUAA